AUGACGCAGUUACCAUGGUUCGUCGGGGUGAACGUCGCCCACGCGUUUGCUGACUCGGGCUUCUCCGGGGUCCGCCGGGGCCGCAGGGAUUUCAUCGCCCCGAUAACAGUCAUCUGUCCAAGUACCCCACGUGCCAUCGGAGGCAUUGCCCCGGCCCCUGGGCCGUACUGGAUUGAUAAAUCGCUCUCAUUAUCUGGCUUCCGGCGUCAGGUGGAUUCGGUGAGGAGGAAGUCAUUUGGGGCGAUCCUCCUCCACACCCCGAAAUCCUGUCCUGCGAGUCGCCCGGGAGGAGGAGCGGCCCGAGACGCCAUAAAUAGCCGAAAACGCCUGAAAAGAGGCGCAGAUCAGAGCUACGCGCGACUCCGGAACCUUCUCCAAGCAGCCAGGAUGAAGGACACUAAGAAGACGUUGGCGUGGUCCCUGGUGGUGGUGGCCCUUCUGGCCAUUAUUGUAGUCGGAGCGACGCUGGUUGGAGUUUUUUUGACGCAGAAGCACACGGAAAAGGUCAUACAGAUGGCUUUCCUGUCGAAGAGCGGAGCGGAGGUCCAGCAGCUCGUUAUGGUCGACGACCGGGAACACGUGGCCGCCUUCUACGUGACCAACAACAACGUUUCUUCCACCAUUGUGUACGACUACAAGCACGAGGUCGUCGGCUUCAGGCGUCUGAAGGGUAAAAAGUGCUUCGUGAUGGACAUGGCGGAGGCCAACGUGCCGUCCAUGAACGACAUUCUGAGGGGAAUCAGGCGCUUCCAGGCGCAGAACGGCACAGAGGAGAACGACUUCACUUAUAACAUCGAGGAGGGCGAGGAGGCCGAGCGUUCCGGGCUGGGGAUCACGAUUAACGUCCUGUGCAGAGAUGUCCCCGUUUACCGGGCGACGGAGAGUAAGGCCGGCCACCUCCGCUGGAAGUUCACGAUCUCCUUUAACAUCUUCGGUGUUGAAAUUUCCGCCAAGUAUGAGUCGUGAGGCGGCCAUCGCAUCCUCAUAGAGAGAACCCUCCUUUAAAGCAGGUGUCUGAGAUCUAAGGACAGAGCGAGUGCAGCUUGCGUGGUUCUCACACCUGUGUUCAAGCAGACAGCUCACUGCUGCUUGUUUAAAAGACUUUUGUCGUCGGAGCAUCCUCUGGAUACGGACAUUUCUCCUGGGCGGACUCGCGUUUUCGUGACUCACGUUCUACCCCGAGGCAACUGGAAGGGCGGGGAGGAUGGUGAUUACAAGACAUUUCAUUAGGACUGGGGUGGAAUAAUUAUAUUUAAUGACAGUACACGUGGAUGCGAGGAUGUCCGGUUUACACGUGUCGUUUUUUUGUGUGAUUUAUUCGUGGAUCUCUUUAAUAAACGUGUUUUUGCAG